UGUAAGAUCGUUUCGGUUUGGAUUUUGGGUUCGUUUUUUUCUUUUUCUGUCCUACAAAAUACGAUUAGCUGCUGCUUAUAGGGAGCGACAAUAAGAAGGAAAGAGUAAAAUCUCUUGCAGCUGUUUGGUCUUUUAAUCUGACGCGCUUCUCGCGACUUGUAGAGUUAGGGUUUUGUUCAAAUUCAGGCCUUAUUCAUCUUCUUCUUCAAUUCGAGAAGUGAUUUCAUCGCAGGUAAGAGAAGAUACAAUAAUGGCUGGAGUACUAGCUGGGGAAUGCUCGUACGGUGAGAGUGGAGUUUCGUCUCACUCAAGAAAUUCUCACGAAAAGCAAGACGAGGUUUCCCGCUGGUACUUUGGUAGAAAAGAAAUUGAAGAAAAUUCACCCUCGAGGUUGGAUGGUAUUGACUUGAAGAAGGAAACUUACCUCCGCAAAUCUUACUGUACAUUUCUCCAGGACUUGGGCAUGAGAUUGAAAGUUCCCCAGGUUACAAUAGCUACAGCGAUUAUCUUCUGUCAUCGAUUCUUCUUUCGCCAAUCACAUGCAAAGAAUGACAGAAGGACAAUUGCAACUGUUUGUAUGUUCCUUGCUGGAAAAGUUGAGGAAACUCCACGGCCCUUGAAUAACGUUAUUUUUGUAUCCUAUGAGAUAAUAAACAAGAAGGAUCCUGGUGCUUCACAGAAAAUCAAGCAAAAGGAAGUAUAUGAGCAACAAAAAGAGCUUAUAUUAAACGGAGAAAAGAUAGUACUUUCUACACUAGGCUUUGACCUCAACGUUCUUCAUCCUUAUAAACCCCUUGUAGAAGCAAUAAAGAAGUUUAAGGUUGCCCAAAACGCUCUUGCCCAAGUUGCCUGGAAUUUUGUUAACGAUGGUCUGCGGACAUCACUCUGCCUGCAGUUUCAGCCUCAUCACAUUGCGGCUGGUGCUAUUUUUCUUGCGGCCAAGUUCCUUAAAGUGAAGUUACCAUCAGAUGGAGAGAAGGUUUGGUGGCAGGAAUUUGAUGUUACACCCCGACAAUUGGAGGAUGUUAGCAACCAAAUGCUUGAGCUUUAUGAGCAGAACCGUGUACCUGCUUCUCAAGGAAGCGAAGUAGAAAGUAGUGUAGGUGGAGGGUCAGGGUCAGCUCAUCGUCCAGGCUCUAGAAAUGCAACGUCCACAGAUGAGCAUGUUGGUUCUAGGCAAGCAUCAGCACGUUCAAACUCUGAUAGUCACGGGGGUUCAUUGAAAGGCGGUUUGGAUCAGAACAAUGGCAAUGGGGAUGUUGAGGUCAGUGUUGAUCAUCAAGUUAGUAAGGACAAUGUUAGAGAAGUCCCCAAUAACUCUAGACCUUUAGUUGAGGGAUCUGGGAAGGACAAUUCAGAAAGAGAGAGUGGAGAGCUUCCAGAUGGUGGCGCUGUUCAUAAAUCUAGAAACGUUGAGACAGGUGUUGCCCCAAUAGGCCAAUCGCCAAAAGACUUGAAGUUGCUCCGGGAUAAGGUGAAGGCCAAGAGAGAGAAGGCUAAGAAGUUGCUAGGUGAAAGAACGAGGAAAAAUGAUUUGAUGGAUGAGGAUGAUCUGAUCGAAAGAGAAUUGGAAGACGUUGAACUAGCUGUUGGAGAUGAAAAGGCCAAGCAAAAGAAUGUAGAGAACUCUGAUCUCAUGGGUACAGAACAUGUGGGAGUGAAAAAUGCAGAAGAAGAAGGUGAAAUGGUAAACGAUGGGUCUCAGAUGAUGCAUAGCAGAAAGAGAAAGAUGGGUAGCCCUCCUGAGAAGCAAUCCGAAGGAAAGAGACGCCACAGUAGUGAGAACGGUGAAGAAAGCCACAAGUCGAACAGAGGUAGCAGUAGUAGUAGUAGUAGUCAUCAUGGUGAUAGAGAGCACAGAAGGCACUCACAAGAGAGAUACCAUUCAUGAGAGGUAAUAUGAUUAUUAUUAAAACUGCUACUCCUGAAUUCAUCUUAGGGGUCUUUCUAAGGACCUUUGGCACUUUGAUGAUGCCUAACCAUGUGAACCUGACUUCUCUAUACGGGGUCGGUUCAGUCGUUGGAACCAUGCUCUCGGUGUAUUUUAUGUUUGAUUAUAUAAACUGUUUGUGCCAUUUUGCACAA